AUGACCGCGCCAAGAACGAGAUACUACUCCGCUCAACUCCAGUCGCCAAUCUUUCGCCUUCCUCGGGAGGUCCGCGAUGUUAUUUACGAAUACUACCUUCUCGAGCAGGACGGUUACCAUUACGAUAGCGAGAUGGGCAAACUAUUGUACCAGAACCCGUCGAUAACGCCUAAGCAAGUCGUGCGGAUAGGGCUGCGAAUAACAUGUCGCAUCGCCGCAGAAGAGAUGAAAAAUAUUGCGUUCAGAAAGAUACAAUUCUACCCUAAGCCUUCAGACGAUGACGGGGGCGAAUAUAUGAAAGUGCGUUCACGGGCAGGCCGCUUCAGAUGCUUGCUGAAAUACGUUGAAAGGCAAAAGUGUCGCAUGCUGGUGUGCGCUGCCGAGUUACUGCAAACCGAGGACUUCACCGACAUAUACAAUCGUUACCCUUCGGUGGAAUACUGGUUUCGCGUACCAUUGCGGCGGGCGAUCGCGCGUCAAACGGACGAGCUUAGCCCGUCGACAGACGAAGAUGUCCGCAGCCAAGCUUUCAGCGAUGCUCUUCAACAUGCGUUGGUACUAGCAAAGAAUCGACAUCCGUCGAAGUUCGCCAAGCUAGUGAGUCCGACGUUCGGCUUAGGUGACUGUCCUAUUGGCAGUGUUGGGUUAGGCAUGGUGCAGAAUAACCUCUUCGUAGAGGGAGCACUAUCCGAUAUAUACCAUUGGCACCCUGCACCAUGGUGUAUGCCAAGUGAACAAGAACUCUCGAGGCUAGAGGCCCUCAUCUGCCAGCCUGGCAACUCAGAUACCUGCCUUCCUAUCACGAAAGACGGCAUCUUCUAUUACGAAGACAUCAGAGACCACUUCGACGCAGCGAAAAGCCGUUGGUACUUCUCUGCUGCUGCAGUGGCAAUCGACUUCUUACAUCGUCUGCCAAAAGAGCGCAGAUGCAAUUUGCGAUCCAUCGUGCUCAACGAAGACGUCAAGGCCGUAUCCCGCUCAGAGUGUCACGCGCGAGGACUGAUCACAUUUUGUCUCGAGAAUUCUUCUCUUCUUGUCAAGAGACAUAUCGGCCUCCUAACAAACCUACUUCCAGUGGAAUCCUCGGAGAUAUCGGCUGAUCGACACGCUUGCAUCUUUACCGAGGAUUGCUUCGAAGCUCUGGUCCCCUGGAUUGAGGACGCAUUGUUGUUACCCUCGCACGGAAUGCCGGAGCAAUCUUUCCAGCUUCUUGUUGACGGUGUCGCCCGAGAAUCUAAGGAAUUCUGGCACAUGCUCAAAUACGCCGCAGCCACGCAGGAAGCUCGACAGAGACAAGUCCUGCUGAGUGGCAUACCCUUACCACCCAGAAUUACUCCGCCGGAUUAUCACAACAUCUAUACUGUCUUUAGCUUUCCGGUCGACUUCGCGCAGUCGAUUCGCGACAUCGCUCAAGAAAACUCACUUGUGCGAUACAAUGGGGAUGCGGGUGAGCUGUGGGAUCUAGACACCUUCUGCUUUGAAACGAGGAACUGGACAUUGGAGCAAUGGGAGUCGGAUUGGAACGAGAAGAUCAACUUGGUUAUUGCUUCACGAUUUUGGCUAUAUGUGUGGGAUAGGUAUGACAUUGACACAACUGGAGCACCUGGGUCAAGGAAUGCCUAG